AGGGCUCUUUGGAGCUAGGGUUUUGAGGACGCGGAGCGGAGAGAGAGAGAGGGAUGGACGAGGAGACGGAGAGGCGGCUCGCGAAGAUGAUCAUGGAGGAGGCGGCGCUGCUGCGGCGGCGGGCGGACAAGGAAGGCGUCCAUGUCUACCUUGCCAAGCCCACCGUCCGCGUGAGGCCUAAUCCACAGUUCCUCCAGGCGACAAUGCGUAGCGUUGAGCAAUCAAAUCGAAUUGUAGAGAUCAACGAGAUGUGGAGACGAAGAACUGCGGAGCUCAAUCUGGACAGGAGGCGGCGGCAUCAGUCUCCCCGAUCGUCUUCGAGAGCUAGACAGAUGAACGAAGAAGAGGAAGGAGCGGUGGAGAACUCGAUCGAUCCACAGGCAGCGUGCUCCAACGAUCUCCGGGACGACGAAGUGGAGGAGUUUCUAAACACGAGGAUCAAACGAGGGAGGGGCUCGGUUGGAUCACGAAUGGAUGACACUGGCCCAUAUCCAGCAGAGACGAUGGCCACGACGUCGACGAAUGCGUCCGAGGUGUCGAGAACAAAGGAAGAUUGGGAAGAUCGGCUCAUCGGGCCUCGGUUGCCGGACAAGGUGGCGGACUCAUGGACAAAGGCCAAGGCGAAGGCGACUGAGUCCGAAGACGAUGGUGGCUCUUCAAAGAAGGAUAGCAAGGAUCGCAAGCGGAAAAAGAGCAAGAGCAAGGAACACAAGACCAAGAAGAGGAAAAGAAAAGCAACGUCAAACUGACAACGUUUUUGUGAAUAAAAUCGAGAGUGAAGCUCUACACAGAAGAAAUCACGCUGCUAGGAUUGACAGGAAUGCUGAUCAGAUCGAACGAAGCGACCAAAGAUCUUACCUCAGUGUUUAGUUACUGCGCAUGAGGAACUGCUGGUGAAAAUCUUGGAUGUC